AGCCGCGACACCGAACCACCAGGAGCAGAGCCCAGGUCUUGGUUGGAGUCCAAGCCCAGUGCUGGAGCCCAGUGUGGUCAGGACCCCCGAGACCGAGGAGGGUGCAUGGAGGGGUCAAGGCCCGUAGGUCCAGGGUCCUCGGCCUGCCUGUGGUUGGGGCUGGUCUCGGCAGCGGUGACCUUCCUUUGCGCGGAGUCCCGCACCACCCCGAGUCCGCCGCUCGCCCCGGACAAUGCCACCUGCCCGGGGAACUCCAAGUGCAGGCCCGGCAUCAUCCUGCCCAUCUGGUACCCGGAGGAUCCGUCCAUGGGGGACAAGAUCGCGCGGGUCAUUGUGUAUUUCGUGGCCAUGAUCUACAUGUUCCUGGGGGUGUCCAUCAUCGCCGACCGCUUCAUGGCGGCCAUCGAGGUCAUCACAUCGCAAGAGAAGGAGAUCGUCAUCAAGCGACCCAACGGGGAGACCACCACCACCACCAUCCGAGUGUGGAACGAGACGGUGUCCAACCUCACCCUCAUGGCGCUGGGGUCCUCCGCCCCGGAGAUCAUGCUCUCCGUCAUCGAGGUCUGCGGACACGAGUUCAAAGCGGGCGAGCUGGGGCCGGCCACCAUCGUGGGCAGCGCCGCCUUCAACAUGUUCGUCAUCAUCGGCCUGUGCGUGUCCGUCAUCCCCCAAGGAGAAGUCCGCAAAGUGAAACACCUGCGGGUGUUCUUCAUCACCGCCGGCUGGAGCAUCUUCGCCUACAUUUGGCUCUACAUGAUCCUGGCCGUCUUCUCCCCCAACGAGGUCCAAGUCUGGGAGGGCCUGCUCACGCUCGCCUUCUUCCCCGUCUGCGUGGUCCUGGCCUGGGUGGCCGACCGCCGCCUGCUCUUCUACAAGUUCAUGCACAAGAAGUACCGCACCGACAAGCACCGCGGCGUCAUCAUCGAGACGGAGACGGAGCGCGCCAAGGGGAUCGAGAUGGACGGCAAGAUGGUCAACUCUCACUUCAUGGACGGUGGCGGCUGCGCCGGCGGCGGCAACCUGAUGGGUCUGAUCGAGAGCAAGGAGGUGGACGAGUCCCGCCGCGACAUGAUCCGCAUCCUCAAGGACCUGAAGCAGAAGCACCCGGAGAAAGAGCUGGACCAGCUGGUGGAGAUGGCCAACUACUACGCGCUCUCGCACCAGCAGAAGAGCCGCGCCUUCUACCGCAUCCAGGCCACGCGCAUGAUGACGGGCGCCGGGAACAUCCUGAAGAAGCACGUGGCGGAGCAGGCCAAGAGGUGCGCCAGCGUGCAGGAGGUGCACGUGGACGAGCCCGAUGAGUACGUCACCCGCGUCGCCUUCGAGCCCGCCACCUACCAGUGCCUGGAGAACUGCGGCGCCGCCAUCCUCAGCAUCACCAGGAAGGGCGGCGACAUCAACAAGACCGUCUACGUGGAUUACAAGACGGAGGACGGCUCGGCCAACGCCGGCGCCGACUACGAGUUCACCGAGGGCACGGUGGUCUUCAAGCCCGGGGAGAUGGUCCGGGAAGUCAGCGUGGGCAUCAUCGACGACGACAUCUUCGAGGAGGACGAGCACUUCUUCGUGCGCCUCGGCAACCUGCGCGUGCUGGAGGUGGAGGAGGAGCUGCUGUCCGCCAACAGUCUUCCCUACCCAAAGGCGGUUUUGGGGUUCCCCGCCGUCGCCACGGUGACCAUCCUGGACGACGACCACGCCGGCAUCUUCACCUUCGAGAGCGGCUCGGCGCACAUCAGCGAGAGCAUCUGCAUCAUGGAGGUGAAGGUGCUGAGGACUUCCGGCGCCAGGGGGACGGUCAUCGUGCCGUACCGCACGCUGGAGGGCCUCGCCAAGGGGGGCGGCGAGGACUUUGAGGACACGUACGGCGAGCUGGAGUUCAAGAACGACGAGAUCUGCAAAGUCAUUCACGUGAAAAUUAUUGACGACGAAGAGUACGAGAAAAACAAGAACUUCUUCCUGGAGCUGGCCGAGCCUCGCAUGGUCGACAUGAGCCUCCAGAAAGCUAUGCUGCUGGCCCACGAUGUUCCCGACAGGAAGUUGACGUCGAGCGAGGAGGAAGCAAAGCGCAUCGCUGAGAUGGGGAAGCCGGUCUUGGGGGAGCAUUCCAAGAUGGAGGUGAUCAUUGAAGAGUCGUACGAGUUUAAGAGCACAGUGGACAAACUCAUCAAGAAGACCAACCUGGCUCUGGUGGUGGGAACCAACUCUUGGAGAGAACAGUUCAUGGAGGCCAUCACCGUCAGUGCAGAUGAGGAAGAGGACGACGCGGGCGAGGAGCGUCUCCCGUCCUGCUUCGACUACGUCAUGCACUUCCUGACGGUCUUCUGGAAGGUUCUGUUCGCCUGCGUGCCGCCCACCGACUACAUGAACGGCUGGGCGUGCUUCGUGGUGUCCAUCGUCAUCAUCGGCCUGCUGACGGCCGUCAUCGGCGACCUGGCGUCUCACUUCGGCUGCACCAUCGGCCUCAAGGACUCGGUCACCGCCGUGGUCUUCGUGGCGCUCGGGACGUCCGUCCCAGACACGUUCGCCAGCAAGGUGGCGGCGGUCCAGGACACGUACGCCGACGCCUCCAUCGGAAACGUGACAGGCAGCAACGCGGUCAACGUGUUCCUGGGCAUCGGCCUGGCGUGGUCGGUGGCCGCCAUCUACUGGUACAGCAAAGGCAAGCCCUUCGUGGUGCACGCCGGCUCGCUGGCCUUCUCUGUCACGCUCUUCACUAUCUUCGCCUUCCUGGCCGUGUCGGUGCUGCUGUACCGGCGCCGCGCCCACAUUGGGGGGGAGCUGGGGGGCCCGCGCGGGCACAGACUGGCCACCUCGGGCUUCUUCUUCAGCCUGUGGUUCCUCUACAUCCUCUUCUGCAGCCUGGAGGCCUACUGUCAUAUAGACGGCUUCUAGAGGUGUGUCCUGCGUGGGGGCGUGUCCUGCUCGCCCCACAGCUGCGAUGGAGCCCCCAGAAGAUGCCAAGAGGUCCAGCAUUCCACUGGAUGAGACCACGUGGAGAGAGUCUAUAUUUUUCUCAACAUCUUGACCACAGCCACUUUUUUUAACAAAAGUAUUUUGGGGAUAAAAAUGCAAAAAAGGAACUAACCAAAAAAAAUUAAAAAAAACACAGUUUUCUGAGCAACGUUGUGGGAUGCUACACAAUGUUGUGGGAUUGACUUGUAGUAUUUUUAUUUUUAUUUUACUUGAUGUUUUUGCUGCAGAAACAUCACCACAGAAGAAGACAGUUCACCCUGCACUCUGUAUUAUAUAUCUAUAUCAUCAUAUAUUCACGUACUUUAUGUAUUUAUUUUUUUUCAAAUGUACUCACCUAAUGCUUCUUCUACACAAAAGAGAAAGGAGAGGAUCAGACUACUUCCUGGAAAAUCACUCCCCAUAAUUCACUUUUCAAUCACAAAGUAUUGAUAAUAACGCGUUAUAAAUAAGUAAAUAACACAUUCAGAAGUAUUUUUCUACUUCCAUGCACUUUUGCCGUUGAGAGAUCUAUUUAUGGAGUUGUGUUUCCCUCUCGGUGAACCGCAGCUCCCCUGGUGCCGGCAGCACUCGUGCACUCUGUCACCACCGCCAUGUCAGACUGUACAAAAUACCUUGCUACUAACUUGUGUUGCCAGAUGUUUACACAAAAAUGUUGCAUUUUUUUGUUUUGUCUUACUUUUAAAAAUGAAGGCUGCAUUAAUUUUUCCUGCCACUUGGGGCAGCAAACACUGAAAAUAAUGUUUUAGCGACGUCAUUUCAAGCGUUUCUUCCUAAAUAUUGGGAUGGAAUAUGAAUUUCACACUUCAUCCAAUUACCUUACAAUGCCAAAUGAAAACUGACUUCAACAGUAAAUGCAAUAACCGCAUUGAAAUGUGUUUACUUUUGAGCGUUAAAGUCUCUCACCAAGCAGUCAAGACACUUGUUUUAGCGCCCUUGCUGAAAUAAUAUUCAUAAUGAUCAUUUUAGUUUCAGUUUAGUUGCUUUGAGCCUGAACAAUACAACUCUGUCAAGAAUUUAUUGUUUGGAAGUCAAACAUUUCAACAAUCUUGUUUGCUGUGUGAAGUUGCCCGCCGCCCCUUAUUAUUGCAAUUUUAAAAUAAGUUUUUUGUCGAUUAUAUUUUGCAUGUCAUUGAGAUGUUGUUAUUCAUAACCAGCCACCGUCAAAAUCUCCACAAACUUGACCAAUUCGUUUGUGCUGCAUUUACCUAUAAUAGUUUUUAAAGUUAAUAUUCAUACACAACUCCCACCCACCUUUUCAAAACCUCCCCAAACGUUUUUGCUGCAAAAAGAAUUGUGCUACUAUUAUAAUUUUUAUGGUAUUAACGUUUUAUAGUUAUGUUUUUAAUGUGUUAUUGUUCAUAACAAGCCCCCAAUUAUGUCAAUAUCUCACCAAACUUAGUCCCAUUCGUUUGUGCUGCAAAAAAAAUGUUUUUUCUAACUAUUAUAGUUUUGAUGUUAAUUAGAUGCUAUUAUUCAUAACCAGCCCCAACCCAAUCCUUCCCAUUUACCGUAUUUUUCGGACUAUAAGUCGCAGUUUUUUUCAUAGUUUGGCCGGGGGUGCGACUUAUACUCAGGAGCGACUUAUGUGUGAAAUUAUUAACACGCUAUCGUAAAAUUUAAAAUAGUAUUAUUUAGCUCUCCGUAAGAGACUAGACGUAUAAGAUUUCAUGGGAUUUAGCGAUUAGGAGUGACAGAUUGUUUGGUAAACGUAUAGCAUGUUCUAUAUGUUAUAGUUAUUUGAAUGACUCUUACCAUAAUAUGUUACGUUAACAUACCAGUUGGUUAUUUAUGCCUCAUAUAACGUACACUUAUUCAGCCUGUUGUUCACUAUUCUUUAUUUAUUUUAAAUUGCCUUUCACAUGUCUAUUCUUGCUGUUGGGUUUUAUCAAAUGAAUUUCCCCAAAAAAUGCGACUUAUACUCCAGUGCGACUUAUAUAUGUUUUUUCCCUUCUUUAUUAUGCAUUUUCGGCCGGUGCGACUUAUACUCCGAAAAAUACGGUACUCAAAGCACUUUGAACACCAUUUCCACAUUCACCCAUUCACACACACAUUCACACACUGAUGGCGGGAGCUGCCAUGCAAGGCCCUAGCCACGACCCAUCAGGAGCAAGGGUAAAGUGUCUUGCUCAAGGACAAACGGACGUGACGAGGUUGGUAGAAGGUGGGGAUCGAACCAGGAACCCUCAGGUUGCUGGCACGGCCACUCUCCCAACAACGCCACGCCGUCCCCAGUGUCGGAUGUAUUGCACUCGAAGGGUAAUAUUGCACAGUAGGGUAUUAGGGUAGGAUAUUGUAUAGUUUUAUGUUAUAGGGCUGGUUAUGAAUAAUACCACUAUAAGACGUUUAUAACAUCAAAAACUUUUAAUAGUUGGACAAAAAAAUGCACAAAUCAACACAAACGUUUGGGACAACUUUGAGGAGAUAUUGACAAGGCUGGUUAGGAAUUAUGAAACGUUAUUAACAUCCAUCCAUCCAUUUUCUA